AUGUUGGUGUAUUCUAUCCCUACAAUCGAGGAGCUUGUUGAAAUUAAAAUUACGAUUAUCAUCACGGUGGUAGCGAAUGUGAUUAAGAGGAAGAAAGGAGGCAGCUUCGGAGACGGCCUCGAUAGUGAUGAAGAUGCCGAUGUGAACCCCCGGAGGAAAAAGCCGCAGCAGGGCGCACCCAACGAAAUCCUAACGUUCAGCCCGGUCCACCAAGGUGGGCCCGGCACCUCCGCGAGAAGAAAGAGAGACCGGUCCCCACGACCAGGCACUGAGCAGACUGAUUUUUUACCCCGGCGCGUGAACACGAGCCGGGGUGAAUCCCUCGUCUCGAGGAGGCAGACAAAGGCCUACGCCCGGCAGGCUUAUUACGCCGGGCAGAGGGUGAUGCACGCCGGAAGCAGGCCGGCGUCCGAACCAACGCCCAACAAAAUAUCCUUCACAGAUGAGGACGCAUUCCUAUUCGACCAUCCCCACUCGGACGCCCUGGUGAUCACGGCCCCGAUAAUGGCGAUCAAGAUCCAUCGAAUAAUGGUCGACACCGGAGCCUAUGCGAGCAUCUUAUACUAUAGCACGUUCAAGAAAAUGGGGAUUGACAGGAAGGAAGUGCAACCUUGCCGAGAGCGGAUCCAGGGGUUCAAUGGCCACAUGACAACCCCUGUUGGGCAGUGGACUGCCCGAGCGAAUACAAUGCCAUCCUCGGCAGAACGGCCCUUUACAAGCUGA